GCAUGCUUUACAAUGCAUGCCCUAGAAAUCAAGCUCUGAGCGCAGAGCAACACCUGCCCUCAAGUUGUCACGAGCACGAGUACAAAUGAGACUUGGUGAGACCAUCAAGCCACCACCAGCAUUGAACUGCAGCGAAGCCUCCAGCAUGAGAGGACCAGCGCUCCCGGGCAUGGGGCUCUGUCUGCAGCUUGAUGCGCCCCUUCCAAGAGAUAAUCCCCAGCCGUCACCGUCAGGUGAGGGAAUGGAAGAUGCAGUCAGACCCCAGUCCCGCUGCACAAAACUCCUUGCGCCACUCAGGGCCAGCCAGCCGCUCAGAGCAAAUUCAUCAUACUUCGACCUCCAGGCUCCUGUUAUGCCAAGGCUGUUGGCAGCCUGUGGAUGCCCUUCCUGUCCGCUGCUGCUGCUGUUCUCUGGCACCUGGGAAUCUGUGGCUCUUGAUCCGUCGACUCUGGUUGCUUCUCUGCGAGUUGGCGGUGCAGGCGGGCUCAUGUGUCUGGCAGCCACCAAGCCCAGCGCAAGCUGCUGUGUCGGAGCACAAUCAAGCUGCAGCAUUGAGGUGCUUGUCGGCUCUGCAUCAAAGUCAUCUGUGCGUCUGAGAUGGCCAGCAGAGAAUGUGAACCCAUCUCCCUUGUAGCUGC